GCAUGGCGUAAUAGUCGAAACACGUUUCAUCUGCCAACACGCAAGAGCAUGGUAGUCUAGGUCGAUCGUCUCUGGCUUAUUGGCAUCAUAUCAUGCGGAUAUCUCCUUAUUACAUCUCAAUGUAAGAGUUCUUAUAUUCUCACUGUUUUUUCAACUGAUCAAGCACCUCUUGGGAACUUUUUUGAGUGGGAAACAUGAGACGAGUUUACGGAUACCCGUCCACAGGAAGAGAGCUGCAGGACUCAGAAUAUCCACAGCCAAGGAGACGAGACCACCUAGAGGAUGAGAAUGAUCAUCUAACUGAGGGACUGAAGGAGAAGAUUGGUGCCUUGAAAUCUGUGAGCCUGGAGAUAGGAGUGGAACUGAAGGAGCAUAAUAGACUCCUCAGUGAAAUGGAUGAUGACUUUGAGAAGUCCCACGGAAUCUUGCGAAAGACAAUGACCCGGGUGGUGCAGAUGGCAAAAGCGGGUCACAACCGUUACCUUUUGUAUCUCUUUCUCUUUUCCCUCUUUGUCUUCUUUGUCAUCUGGCUCCUGAUCAAGUUCCGGUGACCAUCCUCCUACAUCUUUAGCAAAUACUUGAAAGACUUGAAAAGACUAUUGAAAGCCAAAGUGUCCUAAAAUGUGAUGGGUUACAUUAUAUUUUUUUAUGGCCAGAAUGGUCUUGUCUUGAUCAAUGGAGGAAUAUUGUUUGGUGGCUCUAUUGUGUCUACUACUUUUCAAGUUGAACAUGGCAGGUUCUGCUCCAAGCAUGAUGAUGAAAACAACUGAUCGUAGCGAUUGUGUGAGUGAAGGUACUGCAAGAAUGAUUCAUUUACCUGGAUCAUGACAAAUUCAGAUUGGCUUGCAUUGGAGCAGAAAGUCUAUGCAUCACUGUUUUGAUGAGGAAGGCUAGGCUACACCACAUGUAGCUUCCAAAGUCUCAAUCUUCAAUAGGAUAAUGUCUUUUGACAUAUCUUCUAAUGAUAAGUAAAAGAUGACUGUCAUGGCCCAUUGGGUGUCCAUUUUUGGGGCUUCACCAUGCAAUUCCCUGUUGGUUUGAGCUUGAUUAAUGCUUUAAGUUGAUGUCUGUGAUCCAUGUAGCUGAUAUUAUAGACAAAGUACUAAUAUGGUAAAGUCUUGUCUAUUUUUUUUCCUCAAAAUUUAUGUACAGGGUUAUUAUAAAGUCAUCACCCAUCUUUGUAUGGCCAUUAUUUUUGACAGGACUGUUGAAUGCAUCUGAUAUUUGACAGAGAGGUUCAUGAGUCUAAUUUGAUUUUUUCCAUGAUUUUUUCCAUACCUGCUAGAUGGCAGGGUAUGUCAUUGGGUGGUACUCUGGUCACAUAUGUAAAGGUAACCAGAGG